GACAUGGGCGUGACUACAGCACACAUACACGCCCCCUGCACGCACUACUCGGCUGCCAAUGCCGGCCGUUUUCUAGAAACAAACGGUCCUCUCUGCAGAUGUAAUAUUGACAUAAACUCGCCAACAACUGUUUUUCUUCCUCUAACUUUCUCUUAGCGUGGAAGCAGAAAAAGUCCCCGUGUCGCUUUCCAGUAACAUGGAAGCUCGGCGGAAAGACAGCAAGGAUAAUCCAUUGGUACAGGCUAAUCUUCUUUCCAAGAUUUUCUUCUGUUGGUUGAAUCCCUUGUUCAGGAUUGGCUACAAGAGGAGGCUGGAAGAAGAUGACAUGUACAAGGUUCUUUCCGAGGAUGCAUCUGACAGACUUGGGGAUGAGUUACAGUGGUACUGGAACCAAGAAGUCAAGAUGGCAGCAAACGAUAUGCGGCAACCCAAACUUACCAGAGUUCUUAUAAAGUGUUACUGGAGGGGGUACAUUCUAAUUGGAGUAUACAUCUUUAUAGAGGAAGGCAUCAAAGUCCUUCAGUCGUGGCUACUUGGGAAGCUAAUUGAAUACUUUGAGAAUCCUGACGCCACAUCCCCAGCUGCAGUCUAUGAGGCCUACAGCUACGCGGCGGGCAUCUCCCUGUCCACCGUCUGGGUGGCUGUGCUCCACCAUCUGUAUUUCUACCACGUACAAAGAGCAGGCAUGAAGAUUCGCGUGGCCAUGUGUCACAUGAUCUAUCGCAAGGCUCUCAGUUUAAACAAUGCAGCGUUGACAAAGACGACGACGGGACAAAUUGUGAAUCUACUGUCUAAUGACGUCAACAGAUUUGAUGAGGUAACAUUGUAUCUACACUUUCUGUGGAUUGCUCCCCUGCAAGCAGCCAUGGUGAUACUAUUGUUGAUGUAUUGGAUCGGCCCAUCAUGCCUGGCGGGGAUGGCUGUCUUCUUAGUUCUGAUCCCAGUGCAGACCAUGUUUGGAAGAUUGUUUUCCACUCUGAGGGCUAAAACCGCUGUCCUGACUGACAGUAGAAUACGCACAAUGAAUGAGGUCAUCACAGGGAUCCGUGUUAUAAAGAUGUGUGGGUGGGAGAAACCUUUUGCUGCUCUUGUGGAUGAAGUCAGAAGAAUGGAGAUCUCCACAAUAAUGAAAAGCUCCUACCUGCGUGGCUUGAACAUGGCGUCCUUCUUCGUGGCUAGCAAGCUCAUCAUAUUCAUCACUGUUUGCGUCUACGUGCUAACAGGCAACCAGCUGUCUUCCAGCACCGUCUUCAUGGCCGCGUCCCUCUACGGCGCCAUCAGACUCACCAUCACGCUCUUCUUUCCCUUUGCCAUCGAGAAGAUGUCGGAGUCCCUCAUUAGCAUCCGAAGAAUUAAAAAUUUUCUCCUUCUGGAUGAAGUUGCUCCUCAGCAUUUGGGACUUCCUGUGGCAGAGAAGAAAGACUGUCUGCUGAAGAUUCAGGAUCUGAUAUGCUACUGGGACAAGAUUCAAGAGGCUCCAACCUUGCAGAAUGUGUCCUUCGCUGUGGGGCCCGGUCAGCUGCUUGCUGUAAUAGGUCCAGUUGGAUCAGGGAAGUCUUCGCUCCUCAGCGCCAUCCUGGGAGAGCUGAGUCAGGAAAGCGGUGUGAUCAAAGUCAAGGGCGAUCUCACCUACACUUCCCAGCAGCCCUGGAUUUUACCUGGCACCAUCCAAAGCAACAUCCUUUUUGGAAAAGAGCUCAACUGCCAGAAAUACAGCAGAGUCCUGAGAGCCUGUGCCCUGAAAAGAGACAUGGAGCUGUUGCCAGGAGGCGACUUGACGUCGGUCGGAGACAGAGGGGCUAACCUGAGUGGAGGACAGAAGGCGAGGGUCAGCUUGGCCAGAGCAGUGUACCAGGAUGCAGACAUCUACCUGCUGGAUGACCCUCUCAGUGCUGUGGAUGCUGAAGUGGGCAAGCACAUCUUUGAAGAGUGUAUUUGUGGACUUUUGAGGAACAAGCCGCGUGUUCUCGUCACUCACCAGCUGCAGUAUCUGAAGGCUGCACAUCAAAUUGUUGUCUUAAAGGAGGGUCAAAUGGUGUCAAGCGGGACCUACAGUGAGCUGCAGAGCUCUGGUUUGGACUUCUCCUUGCUCCUCAAAGAGGAGGAGAGUCAAGAGGAAAGACAGAGCACGACUCCCACUCCGGGCAACGUCUCUCGCUGCCCCCGUACACUCUCUGACAACUCCAUAUCUUCCCUGUCCUCCUCCCACUACUCCCUGAUGGAAGAAGAGCCACUUAGACUGGUAGCACAGCCCACGGAAGAGGAAAGGCGCUCACAGGGAAACAUCGGCCUGCAAAUGUAUGUGAAAUAUUUCAGAGCAGGUGCUAACUUUAUGGUACUCUUCCUUCUCAUCCUACUCAACGCCCUUGCACACGUGGCUUUUGUGCUCCAGGACUGGUGGCUUGCUUGUUGGUCCUCCAAGCAGCAGCAGCAGCAUGUGCACAUAACACAACACCUCAAUGGCAGCCUCCCUGCAGAACUGGACCUUGACCUGUACCUAAGUGUUUACGCAGGUUUAACGGCCACAUCCGUACUGUUUGGCUUCGUUCGCAGCCUGGUCUUCUUCAACAUCCUGGUGCGAUCAGCCCAGACCCUUCACAACCGCAUGUUUGAUGCCAUACUCCGGACCCCUGUGCACUUUUUUGAAAUGAAUCCAAUUGGAAGAAUCCUCAACAGGUUUUCCAAAGACAUUGGCUACCUGGACUCUCUUCUGCCGUGGACGUUUGUGGACUUCACCCAGGUAUUCCUGCAGGUUGUUGGAGUGAUUGUAGUGUCCUCCAUCAUCAUUCCCUGGAUCCUCGUACCGUUUGUUCCUCUCCUCGUUGUCUUCCUGUGUCUGCGGCGCUACUUCCUCCAGACUUCCAGGGAUAUCAAGCGCCUGGAGGCUACCACUCGGAGUCCCGUCUUCUCCCACCUCUCUUCUUCUCUCCAAGGCCUGAGCACAAUACGAGCUUUUAAGGUUCAGGAGAGGUUUCAGAAGAUGUUUGACGACUAUCAAGACCGUCACUCAGAGGCCUGGUUCCUGUUCCUGACUACCUCGCGCUGGCUAGCUGUACGUCUCGACGGGAUCUGUUCUAUUUUCGUGGGCAUUACUGCUUUUGGAUGUCUUUAUUUCAGGGAUGAAAUGGACCCCGGUGCAGUCGGCCUGGCUCUGUCUUACGCAGUGACACUGACCGGCAUGUUUCAGUGGGGCGUUAGACAGAGUGCGGAGAUUGAGAACAUGAUGACGUCCGUGGAGAGAGUUGUGGAGUACACAGAGCUGAAGAGUGAAGCAGCCUGGGAGACAGACACAAUGCCACCACCUGAUUGGCCCAAGAGAGGCUUCAUCACUUUUGACUCGGUCAACUUCUCCUACAGUGCCAAUGAUCCGUUGGUCCUCAAGAACCUGACUGUCAUCUUCACAUCCAGAGAAAAGGUGGGCAUUGUGGGACGAACCGGCGCUGGUAAGAGCUCUCUGAUGUCGGCCUUGUUCCGCCUGGCAGAACCCGAGGGCAGGAUAGUGAUUGAUGGUUUCCAGACAUCUGACGUUGGUCUGCAUACUCUUCGGCAGAGGAUGUCCAUCAUACCGCAGGACCCUGUUCUCUUCACGGGCACCAUGAGGAAGAAUCUGGACCCUUUCAGGCAGCACACAGAUGAGGACCUGUGGAAUGCACUCCAAGAGGUGCAGUUGAAGGCCGUGGUGGAGGAACUGCCCAAUAAGUUGGAUACGAUGCUGACUGAGUCAGGCUCCAACUUCAGCAUGGGCCAGAGGCAGCUGGUGUGUCUAGCCAGGGCCAUCCUGCGGAAAAACCGCAUCCUUGUCAUCGAUGAGGCUACGGCCAAUGUGGACCCAAGAACUGACAGCCUGAUCCAGCAGACGAUACGGGACAAGUUUCAAGAGUGUACCGUGCUAACCAUCGCUCACAGGCUCAACACGAUCAUUGACUGUGACAGAAUACUGGUUCUGGAUGCGGGCAAGAUCCAAGAGUAUGAUGAGCCUUACAUGCUGCUCCAGAACAAGGAGGGGCUCUUCUAUCAGAUGGUCCAACAGACAGGCCGAGCAGAGGCUGCUUCACUGCUCCAUGCGGCCAAACAGGUUCACGUGAACAAACAGCGAUUUGGAGACUCGUGCCACCUCAAGGAUGUAGGUGUCAUCUUUGAGACGUCGCUCUGACACUUUGGAGAGUAGCUUUGACCUCCUCUGCGCUCGCCGUUACAGACCAAGCCCUCGUGGGAGUAUUUAUUUAUUUGACUGUACAUUGGAAUGUUUGUUAGGCUGCUGCAUUUGAUGGGCUCAAGUGUGAAACAGACUCCGGGGCUGUGCCUUUAUUGAUAGCAUGACUGUUGACUGAUUGCACCUUGCUGUGCUAAUGUACCGGUAGGUGUUCUCUGGUCCUCUUGGGGGUCUUCAAUCCUGUGCCGGUGCUCUAAAAGGUGCGCAUAUUGAAUGUAUUUAUCCCCGUGCACUAAAUGAAUGGUGACUUUCAUUAUCCUGUUUAGCUAUCUUGGCAUUAUUUUCAAAAUCGCUUCACAAGACAACGAGAGGCUAAGAGUAGCUCUCUAGUUAUUGUGCCUGCUUCUCCUUGUUGUGUUUGCACUCUUUUCAAUAAAUAGGUCUUCCUGCACUUCGAAUAAAGCCACCAUCAUCUACCUCAGCUCAAAUGUUGCUAAAAUGUCAUCUGCCUUGCAACCCCACCACUUAAGUCACGUUGCCAUACAGCUUGACUUUACUGUCGAGGAUGCGUUCACUGACGGACAAGCAUACUUCCACCAUGGAUACCAGAACCUCCAGAAAGUCCAACACAGCAACAAAAUAAUAAUUGACUGUACAGGCAAUGUUUUAGUGACAGUGAAGUGUAAAAGUAACUGAACUCAUGUUCACAGUAAGAUGUACAAACCAGGAAUGUCCCAUAAUAUCGACCGACCAAUUAAUAAUCCGUCACUUCAUAUCAGUAUCAGUUUUUCUGCCGAUGAUGAUAUCGGCGUGUGAGUCAUGACACAUCGGUAAAAAGCCAAUAUUGAGCAUCUCUAGUAAAAACACCUACCUUUAAAAAUGAAAGGCAAAAGGUGAUUUGGACCACAGACGCACCUAAUGCAUCUUAUUUUUUUAAACAUGACUAAAGUGUAAAAAGAAGUCAACCCCUGUAAGUGUAAAAACACUCCACCGCAUGUAUGGUGACACUGCUUUUAGUGUACAGCUGUCCCUCGUUUAUAGCGGUUAAUUGCUUCGAUACAUUUCGAUUGGUUCGCGAUAAAUGAAUUUCCGUGAUAUUUUCGUAGUUACAGCAUAGAAAACCUGUUUGACUUUCUAAAAUACGUUUUUUAACAUUGUUAGAGCCCUGUAGACAUGAAAUAACACCCCUAUAGUCACCUUUACACUCCUAUUAUUUAUUGUUUAGACCACAUUGAACAACUCAAGAUGGCCUCUAGCUAGCAAGCUAGUGAGCUAACAAGCUAGCGAGCUAAUCAAUUAGCCUCAAAUUUAAUUCUUCUGAAAUGCCAAAAACGUAGCACUUCCACAUAGAAUGAGAGAACCUUUUUUCACACUGUCAUGUUGGACAUCCCGUGGCUGACUUCAUGCAGUGUUAAGGUAAUGUAGUGUAAGGUCAUGUCUCAAUGUUUUGUCUCAUUACUGCAGCCGAGCGACCAGAAUAUUACGUAACACUCAAUAUGUUCUAAUACCAGACCAUGGUCAAAGAAUGAUCAUUUAUUAACUCAUUUCUGAAAAACUGCGCUAUAGUGAGGGAGUGAUAAUCAAACCACGAUAUUGCGAGGGACGACCGUAUAUUCUUUUCCUUUGGAGAAGGAACAACAACAAAAAAGCGACCAAAAAAGCCAAAUGAGCAGUUAAUCCUUGAAUGCUCGCUGAACUGAUGUAUUGUGAUUUGGGUCCACAUCAGUGCUUGUGCCUGAAUAACCAAUGAUUCGUUUAACAAUGAAGCACAACAUGGCACAGCAAUAAAAACACCCUGACAGUGGAAACAGGAAGUUACUUGCUGUACUGAAGCUUACCACUUGAGGGACAUGGUCCUAUAGAGGCGUCUUUUUUUAACAGCGUAUGAGCACGCAUUGUGUUCUGCGUCUGAUGUAUACGGCGAUCUAUCGCUGCUCUGUUGCAUGUGUCUGUUAUUGUAUUUACUACUCCUACCAGUAGAGGGAGUUGUAUACUCAUGUAAGAGUUGAAGACGUGUGCUGCUGGAGUAAAGUUGUCAUCCGGCUAAAGAGCCGCAGCAGUCCUGAUUGGUUAAGGGUUCUUGUGUUCUGCGUUCUGAUCGGCUACAGACCAUUGUCAAUCAAUCUUCGUGCAGCACGGCUGUUUCUCCUGUUUGCGAGUGGCACCAUGAUGGAAUACUGUAAAUGAAUCUUCAGUCCACGGAGGACUACAAGGAGGUGUGAAAUACUACAACAGGAGCAAUAUGCUUUAAUAAGGAUGCUUUAACGGCGCCAGGAGGAAGCACGGUCAGAGGAGUGAAUACGGUGAGUCACUUCAGAAUUUCUUGUGUCCAAGAGAUUGAUCAUGGGAGUGUUUAAACAAGAGAGAAAUGUGAGAAAAUGUUCAUGCCUGUCCAAGAAAAGAGUAUAAAGUGUGUGGUGAGGGUUGGCUACCUCACGGAUUUCACUCAUGGCGGGCUAUUUUGGGAUCCUAUCCCCCGUGAUAAAUGAGGCAACACUGUCAGGACAUUUUGUACUUCAAAAGACAUUCUACUUUACGGCAACAUCCACAAGAAUGUUUUUCAUCUUCAAUCUACGUGUUUCUUGCAUCCUUCUUUGUAGUAACUGUUUGGUGAACUUUUGUACUCUUUGCUACGGCCAAACCGUUUCAUUUUUCAUCUGUGCUUAGGUGUCAAAAAACAUAG